UUUUAAUAAUAUUUAUAAUAUUAAAUAUGAUAUUAACAAUUUAUUUAAUUAUAAUUAAUAUAACAUAUUUUUUAGAGUGGGAAUUAAUUCCUUUUAAUUCUAUAAAUAUUGUUUUUACAAUUUUAUUAGAUUGGAUAUCUACAUUAUUUAUAAUAUUUGUUAGUUUAAUUUCAGCUUCUGUAAUUUAUUAUAGAAAAAGUUAUAUAAAGUCUGAAUUAAAUUUAAUACGAUUUUUAAUUUUAGUUUUAUUAUUUAUUUUAUCAAUAUAUUUAUUAAUUAUCAGUCCUAAUAUUAUUAGAAUUUUUCUUGGGUGAGAUGGAUUAGGUUUAGUUUCCUAUUGUUUAGUAAUUUAUUAUCAAAAUAUUAAGUCUUAUAAUGCUGGAAUAUUAACAGUUCUAUCUAAUCGGGUUGGGGAUGUUAUAUUAUUAAUAGUAAUUGCUUGAAUAUUAAAUUAUGGGAGAUGAAAUUAUAUUUUUUAUUUAGAAUUAAUAAAUAAUGAUUUUUCUAUAAAGAUUAUUAGUGUAAUAAUUAUUUUGGGGGCAAUAACAAAAAGAGCACAAAUUCCUUUUAGAGCUUGAUUACCUGCUGCUAUAGCAGCUCCUACUCCUGUUUCAGCUUUAGUUCAUUCUUCAACUUUAGUUACUGCAGGGGUUUAUUUAUUAAUUCGAUUUAAUAGAUUAUUAAUAACAUUAGAAUUUACAAAUUUCAUUUUAUUAAUUUCUAGUUUAACUAUAUUUAUAGCUGGGAUUUCAGCUAAUUAUGAAUUUGAUUUAAAAAAAAUUAUUGCUUUAUCAACUUUAAGACAAUUAGGUUUAAUAAUGAGAAUUUUAUUAAUAGGAUUUAAAGAAUUAGCUUUUUUUCAUUUAUUAACUCAUGCUAUAUUUAAAGCUUUAUUAUUUAUAUGUGCAGGAAUAAUUAUUCAUAUAAUAAGUGAUAAUCAAGAUAUUCGAAUAAUAGGGGAUAUUUCAUUUUACAUUCCUUAUACGUCAUUGUGUAUGAAUGUUUCAAGUUUAUCUUUAUGCGGAUAUCCAUUUUUAGCUGGAUUUUAUUCAAAAGAUUUAAUUUUAGAAAUGGUUAGAAUAAGAAAUUUAAAUUUAAUAAUUUUUUAUUUAUAUUAUUUUUCUACUGGUUUAACAAUAUUUUAUAGAAUACGUUUAAUUAUAUAUUUAAUAAUUAAUGAGUUUAAUUUAAGAAGUAUUUAUAAUUUAUAUGAAGAAGAUUAUAUUAUAUUAAAAAGAAUAUUUUUAUUAAUAAUUAUAAGAGUAGUUUCUGGUAGAGGUUUAAGAUGAUUAAUAUUUAAUUAUCCUUAUAUAAUUUAUUUACCCCUAAGAAUAAAAUUAAUAGUAAUUUAUGUUAGA